CGCGUUCAGUUGUACAUUGUUCGUCCCUGACUCCCUGUUAUCAUUGAUCAGUCAAUCAACCUCCCUCCACUCCCGUCCCGACUACCUACCUACGUGAGCGAGCCACGAGAUGCUCCAUAGUAUUCGUCUCCCCUAACUAAUUCAUUUGUUCCUGACCUUAUCAAUAUCCGAAAUAUUCCUUUAUUCCUUAUCCUACCUUACCUUAGCCACGUGUGCUACGUUGGGUACUCUUCUUACAUCAGGAGUUUCCUAUCUCUCUCUUUCUGUCCUCCCCCAUUAUCAUCCAGCAAUUGGGUCAGCAUCAUCCUCACUGGCCAAAUGUUAACUUUAUCUUCAUAGAAGCGCGUCCCCUCAUCUUCAAACUACCUUAGAUCAUACUCAGUCACUCGACUAUCAUUUAAUUAGCCUUAUUUAUUUUGUUUUUGUCGUCAAGAUGCAUCAAGACCAGCAACAAAGCCUUUUUCAGGCCCGUAUUAUCGCCAGCAUUGCAGCUACUAUCUUAUCCCUGGCUUGUGGUACCAAUUAUGUCUACUCAGCUUGGGCUCCGCAAUUCGCAGAACGACUCAAGCUGUCGUCUACAGAGAGUAACCUGAUCGGCCUGGCUGGCAACCUGGGAAUGUACACCUUGGGAAUGCCCAUCGGCAUAUUCGUUGACCAUCGUGGUCCUCGACCUGCUGUUCUUGGUGGAGCUAUAUUUAUGCUCUUUGGCUACUUUCCACUACAUCAAGCCUACCAUCGUGGAUCAGGAUCAGUCAUGUUGAUGUGUCUCUUCUCUUAUAUGACCGGCUUAGGUGGUUGUAUGGCAUUCGCUGCUGCUGUCAAGACGUCUGCUCUCAACUGGCCCAACCAUCGGGGAACCGCCACAGCCUUUCCUCUGGCCGCCUUUGGUCUAAGCGCCUUCUUUUUCUCCUUCGUUGGCGCAGUCUUCUUCCCUGGAGACCCCAGUGCUUUCCUUGAGCUUCUCGCUUGGGGCACUUUUGGCCUUACUUUUGGCAGCUUCUUCUUCCUCAAGGUCCAUCACGAACAAGCCGAGUAUGAGGCUGUACCUGCUUCGGACGAAACCCCAAGUAUUCCUUCUACCGACCCCCAGCAACUCCGAGCAGGCUCUUCCGACGAACCAAAGCCCUACCGCUCGUCUCGAGCGGAGGACGAACCCGGUAUGUUGACUAAUUCCAGUAGUAAUAGCACCUACACCAGCACCAGCACCAACACCAACACAAUUACGAGCUCCCACGCACCCGCUGUAGCAUCCUCAUCAACCGCCCCCGCCGACGCCCCAGAUCGGACGGGCUCUCAUGGAAUAUCAUUUGCGCCUGAAUUUGGCCUUGUGGUCGCCCCCGAGAAUCCCGAAGACCUCGAGGUUGGCGAGACGUCCCCCCUGAUAUCUCGACCUGGACAGCCCCCUCUUGAAAACAGUGAUAUUAAUAGCGGUGGACCUCAUCAUGUAGACAUCCGGGGUCUUGCUCUCGUGCGCAGUGUCAGUUUUUGGCACCUUUUUGUCAUCAUGGCUAUUUUGGCUGGUGUUGGUCUCAUGACCAUCAACAACAUCGGCAACGACGCCAAGGCUCUUUGGAAACACUAUGACAAAAAUGUCACUGACGAAUUUCUCGUUCAUCGGCAACAAAUGCAUGUAUCGACUCUUUCUAUUUGCAGUUUCUUGGGUAGACUAUUGAGUGGUGAGUCGCAUUAGUAAACCCAGGCUUGUUUCCCCAGUUCUAAUCAUAGUCUUUAGGCGUGGGUUCGGACUUUUUGGUGAACAAGCUUCACGCCAGCAGGCUCUGGUGUCUUGUCGUCGCUUGCGCAGUCUUCAUCUUCGCUCAAGUGUGUGCAUUGAAUAUUGAGAACCCACAACUCCUCGGGCUGGUUUCGGGUCCAUCAGGACUCGCCUAUGGCUUCCUAUUCGGCGUAUCUCCUUCUCUUGUCGCCGAAAUGUUUGGCGUUCGGGGAUUAAGCCAAAACUGGGGCUUCUUGACCAUGGCUCCCGUCAUUUCGUCCAACAUUUUUAAUAUCUUUUAUGGCAAAAUCUAUGACCAGCAUAGUGUUGUUGGACCAGACGGUGAGCGUUUCUGCUCAGUUGGACUCGAAUGCUAUCGCUCAGCUUACUGGGUUACCCUCAUCUCCUGCUGCGCGGGAACGGGUAUCACUCUUUGGGCGAUCCGUCACCGACAUAAUAAAUAUCUCAGAGCAAUGGAUAAGGGCGACGAAGAGGAUUAGGAGUGCUCAAUUGUGGCACAUGCUGAAGUUCGUGUCUUUUGCCUCAUCCUGGUGGCAUUCCACUAGAUGGUACCUGGAGCUUCAACGGCGUUUAGGAAGGAAUUCUCCUGAACGUAGGAUUACAAUCGGGACAUUAGACGAGAAGAUAGACUGGCGUUUCACUUUCACAAUUAGGCAAUAACAUGAAGAUUAACAUGGACAAAGUCUCAUUGGAGAUUUAGAUGCAAAUCAAAGUUUACUGUUUGAUGAUUGAUGAUGCCUCGUUCACAUAUCCAAGGUCUUAUUUCACAAUCAUCAAAACGAGGCUUGACAUUAGAAUUAAUCCACCAUCAUGUCAUUUCUAAGAAUGGCAACGUUUGAACAAGAACCAAAGCCAAAAUAGGCAAAGGUGACUGACACCCUGCAAAUGAAGCCAGGCUCUUCCAACCUUCCCUGUAUUGUGCCAUCUACCCAUAAAACGCCGAACAAAUGCUCAUGUCGUGGACUGGUGCCGACAGGAGGCGUACAACGCUGUCUAUCAGCAGAUGCUCAGCAGACGUUGAUUCCAGAACCAUGCAAAAUAAAUAGGUAUUACCGGGCAAGCCCGCGCUGCAAACCAACCAGGAAGAAUAAUAAUUCGUGAGAACAGAAAACAAAGUAGGUAGUGUAUGGUUCGCGAAAUGGUCGUGCCUUGUUGAAGUAAUGACAAUCCUAUGUGAUGAUACGCACGAAAGCGUGGCAACAGGAGACAUUAUGAUCCACGAUAUGAUCGUGGUCGUACGAGUCCUUCAUAAAGAAGCCUUAGACUUUUUGUGUUCCUCUGUUGGGCUACUUUCAAAAAUCGCGCCGAGACCGCUUAGGGAGAAGGGGUCCUUAGUAGAAUGCAACACGACCAGCCAAGCAGCAAUGAUGUUCACCAAGUAGUGAAGCAUAUACGCGUGAGAGAUCCCGUACAUGGCGGCGUAAAGCGCAGUCGCGAAAAGAAGCAGGCUCGUUACAUAACCAAAAAGUCUACCAACUUGGGGCACCAUCUUGCCUGUUGUCAGAUUCUCCACGAGAAGGAUGAAGGGCAUUAUUGAAAGAACAUUAUGGUGUGAAGAAAAUGGCGUGAGCCAAUGAACAGCCAAGUUGCGAAUCCAUACUGCUAGGAUGGGUAGAUUGAUUGGGAGAAUCCACAGCAUUAGGAGCAGGACAGAGUGUGCAUAGUGGUAGUAAUUCGAGUUUGCAUCCGAAGGGGCAGUUUCAUUGAUACGAAGAGCUCGUAUCACCGUGAAAAGCUGCACCAAGCAUGCCACCAGAUAGGCAAAUUGGUAGGGAAUGAAUGUCCAGACCAGGAACAACAGAAUGGCUGUAGUGAUCAUACGCCUCUUGGGAGUUGACGGGACGAAUGCAGGUGUUCUCGCUACACCAUCAUCUUCAGCUCCGCUUGAGAGGGGGAGUAGGGUUAGUGCCCAAUAAAGGAAGCCAAGGACAUGCGUGAAGGCUUUGGUCAUGUAGUGAACCAUGGCACAAACUCCAAUGCAAACGACACCAAUCAGGGGGACAAGAAACCAGAAGAAGGGAUCGUCCGUCCCAAUAAGAAUGUCGUGGCGAUGAAAGUCAAUGGAUAAGGGUGCAGCAGGCGCUUGGUACCACCAUCUGCCGAGCCAGGUAGCUGGAACUCCUUCCAUUGACAUCGACAAGAGCGUCAGAGAUACAAGCAGUAGCGGUAUCGACUGGCGAAGACACAAAUCCAGACUCUGUGAGAAUGAGAUGAAAACCCCUGAGCUGUCGUAAACGCGGAACUGCUUGCGCAAAACGAGAGCAACCGUUAACAUAGGGAAAGCGGCAAAGACAGUUCGGUACCUCAUGUAGAGCUUGCCGAGGCUGCCCCAGAAAUCAGGCUUGAUCUGAAGGUGAAUACUUGAGCCGCAUGAAGGAUCUGUCCAAACUUGGAACGUAACCCCCUUUUCAGCCCCAGAUCCCAGCGAGGGGGGAAGAUAGGGAGCCACGCCAUGCAAACUGACAUCGACAGAUUGAGCGUUCACAAAAUACUUGGACUCGUAUGGCUGAUCAAGAUAUUGUCGGACCAAAGGGCUGAAGAGGACCUUUUCAGCUUGGCAAUGGGGACUUGUGAUUUCCAGCUUGUAGGCAAGAAGAGCUGACUGCAACGAGGCGAUGUUGACCUCUGUGGUCAGAGGCCGGUUUGCAGGCAGGUCCACGGUGAUUCCAGAUAAAAGUAAUUUCGCUAGACUAGCGUCUUCUUUCUUCGAAAACGCAGACUGAUCGCUGAACUCUGCAAUCAAGAAACUGCGCGUGCUUGAAACAGACUUCUCUAUAAUAGCCACAAAUUGGUGAUCGGGUAGCUGGUCGAGAUCAUAUUGAAGGUAUGAGAAAGGGACAAUUUCUCGCUCUCGGUCGAGGUAGAAAGGAUAUCUAGACGAGGAUGUGGAUGCAGGCAGCAGAAUACGGUCUGAUGCAGCGUUCUUACAAGCAAGCCUUGUCGAGCCGCUAUCAUCGGUCGAGAGAUCAAUUUGGAAUGGAUACAGCGAUGUGGCUUGCCCAGACUGGAAGGGAAAUACGCUGCAGAACAAGACUUCCACCUUGCCAUUUUCACCAGCUUCGUCUAAAGAAGCAUCCGUAAGAACGGUGAACCGUUUGACCUCGGGAGAUCCUUGAGGUGGGAUGGGAAGCAGAUGGGCUCGAGGCUUCGGCUGCUGGCCGAUUUGACUAAGGACGAGCCGCUGUCCUGCUGGAAGAAUCGAGUUUGAGUCGUCGCUCAAUGUCAGAAGAGUGGUGGCUUCUUUCAGUGGCAAGUCCUUUUCCAUAGUUGGCUCCAUUCCUGUCAAGAAUCGCUUUUUGAAGGUCUUCAUUCGAUCAGCUCGCGGCUUGGUUUGCGAUCCUCGAUGAACAUUGACAAUAUCAUAGAGAGUCUUGGUGAUGACUUUCCGAAACUGGUCACACCAAAGAAUAGCCUGGUGGUCCAUACUUGUCCAGACAGUCGGUAUACCGGUUGUGAAGACAGUGAAACCAUGUGUCGGAGGAACCAGAGACUCGAGACUUGCAUAAUCUGAUGGAACCACCGUGUCUAACCCACCACCGGCGAUCGAAACCAGAGUAACAUGCCACAGAGGGUUGUUGUUCGCCCAUUUUUGCGAAUAAGCCUGACGCCAAUAAUCGUUGAUCUCAUCGUAAAUUUGAACUAUUUGCCCGUCAAAAGUGACAGGGGGGCGAGCAUGCGGUGCCGACAUUGUGAUAAUGGUGUUGAUCGAAUUCGUUUGGUAAUUAGGUUGAACAAGCAUAGCUCUUGCGACCACUCCGCCCAUAGAGUGUCCCAAAACAAUAACUGAUGUCGGAUCAGGGAGAUGGCCCUCUCGAGUUGCGCGUUGGGGGUCAGAGUAAAGCGACAGGAUGUAGCGAACAGCUUCAUUGAGAUAUUCGGCUUGGUCGAGUAGCGUCUGGCCAUGAAAUGCUGUGAUAUCCUCGUUGAAAUCCACGGUAAAGAAGUCUAGACUCCGGAUACCAGCAUCAAGAGCGCCACGAUCGUGCUGAAGGUUAUUGUGAAAGUAAUUU